UACUUUUACCCUUUUCUUUUCAUUGUUGGUGAAAUAAUUCAUUCGCGAUCACACACACACACACCUUCUUCUUCCUUCUCUCUCUCCCUCUCUCUGUCACUUCCUCAUCACAAUCCAAAACCCUAAUCCUCUUUCAGAUCACAAUCAUGGACGGUGAUUCUUCUUGGUCUUCUCGUCUCUCUUCCGCUUCCAGACGUUAUCAAGCCGCUCUUCAAUCCCGAUCAGAUAUGUUCAUGGGUUUUGAUGAGAACGACGCGGAUGAAGAUAUAAGGGAAGAGUUUCUCUGUCCAUUUUGUUCUGAGUAUUUUGAUAUCGUUGGAUUGUGCUGCCACAUUGAUGAAGAGCAUCCAAUGGAGGCAAAAAAUGGGGUAUGUCCGGUUUGUGCAUUGAGGGUGGGGGUUGAUAUGGUUGCUCACAUAACCCUACAACAUGGAAGUAUAUUUAAGAUGCAGCGCAAGAGGAAAUCACGUAAAGGUGGAUCUUAUUCUACACUUUCAUUAUUGAGGAAGGAGCUGAGAGAAGGAAAUUUGCAAUCCCUUUUUGGCGGAUCUCCAUGUAUAGUGUCCUCGUCUAAUGCAGCACCUGAUCCGCUGCUGUCGUCAUUUAUAUCACCUUUAGGUAAUGAAUCUGCGAGUUCUCAGUCUCACACACAUACUGAGACAAGAUCAUCCAAGAAAUUAUCAGACGAGGUUGUAUCAAAAAGCCAUGUAGAGACACCAACCAUGUCAGUUAAGGACAAGGAGGAGAAGGCGAAAAGAUGUGAGUUUGUUCAAGGACUGUUGAUGUCCACAAUAUUUGAUGACGAUUUAUGAAGCGAAACUCAUCAAGAUGUGAUGCUUCAGGGGUGGGCUAAUUCACAGAUGCAAUCUGCAAUCUAUGGUUUGUACUGAAGUUGUCUAUGUAUGUGAUCCUAGUGAAAAAAUAAAAAGUAGAAAAUUAAUGUAAUUUAUGUUGUAUGUGUACUGUUGUUUUUAGCGCAAGAGUUUCAUAUUGCAUCUUAAUUUCCAAUCAUAAAGCUUAAAGAAAUAGAUAAAGUUCCUUCGCCGCCGCAA